AUGAAAGCUGGGUUUGCCGUGACAGGGCUGCUUAGUUUGUGGAAAACUCUUUUUGCCACUCCAGUAUAUUCACUCCCUCAGUACUCAGCACACUGGGCCCUGCCGUCUCAGACGUCGGACGGUAUGGCAAGCGGUGAGAGGCGAUUAAAUCUCAGGUUGCUCAGGACGUCAUCGAUUCUGGAUCAAGACGACGCACGCAUGGCUCGCCACGGAGACUGUCUCAGACUGUGUACUUACAAUGCGAGAACAGUGUCCACAGACGCUGACUUGCAUGCCCUUCUCGGAGCUGCAGAGCGUAUCAAAUUUUACGCCACUGCUCUGCAGCAGACCAACUGCAGAAGGAGCGACGUAGGACAGAUGAAUGGCGGCACACUCGCCAUUCGGGGAGAGAAGGUUCCGUCGCAAAAUGUAGGCGGUCUUGGUUUUGUUGUGCACACAUCUGUCGUCCAUCUUGUCGAUUCUCACGAUAUCCUGCCACCUCGUCUGGCUAUUCUUCGCCUACACCCUCUGCGCCGAAAACCCAUCAGUAACAUCAACUGCUACUCACCAACAUCAACAGAUGAUGAAUCCGAACUAGACGCGUUUUACGAGGAGCUGGAGGAAGUGAUCCACAACGAGAACUUCUUCUACAAAUUCGUUGUCGGAGACUCCAACGCAAAACUAGUAAUGACUACAGAAGAGGAAUAA